UCUUGUACUGAUUUGUCAUCGAUGCAGAUAGUAUGUGGAUCCCGAGCACUAAAUCUCAGGCGCUGGACCAACGGGAUAUUUCGGGGAAAGGCAGCGAUUGCGGUUUCAACUGGCGUGAAACUGCAACCACAUAUUGUCUCGUCUUUGGUGUAAUAACAACGUCGGCGGGAGAGAGGAGUGGAUCAUGGACUGGAUGAGCACGCUAAUCUCGGAGCUCUGAAAAGGAAGUGACAUGCAAUGGGGAGAGGCGUCAGCUGAGAAUACAUUCACUUGCCAGCCCAGCCCCGGGGUGGAGUCCCACCCUUACAACACCCAGUUUCGUGCUUAGUGAAACUGGUACCGACAUCUCUCCGCACUCUUGGAUAACACGUGUAGAGGGUCACUUGUUAAAAAGUUUACAUUUACUAUUACAGUCAAUUAAACUGCAAACUAGACAGAGGCACGUGGCGGGGGCAGCUCGGCAUUCACAGAAUAACCCCGGAGGUUGUUGCGAACGGUGUUCUUUAAGACGUCUGGACAUUUUGUGUUUAUGUCGGAAACCUCAUAAGCUAUGGAUAUCAUAGCCUUCUUGAAAUCUCAGUUCAUCUGCCUCCUUCUUAUAUGUUACAUCUUUGUAUUGACUGGACUCAUCAUCAACUUUCUUCAGUUAUGCACACUACCUAUAUGGCUGAUCAACAAACAACUGUACAGGCGAAUCAACUGCAGAUUGGCUUACUGUAUUGCCAGCCAAUUGGUGUGGCUGCUGGAGUGGUGGUCAGGCACUGAAUGUGUUCUUUAUACUGAUCGAAAAAAUUACAUGAAGUAUGGCACAGAGAAUGCCAUUGUAAUUCUCAACCAUAACUAUGAGAUUGAUUUCCUUUGUGGAUGGGACUUCUGUGAAAGGUUUGGUGUUUUGGGGAGUUCAAAAGUACUUGCAAAGAAAGAGCUGGCAUAUGUUCCUCUGAUUGGUUGGAUGUGGUAUUUUCUGGAGAUAGUGUUUUGCAAGAGGCAAUGGGAGGAAGAUCGCAAAAACGUUGUCCAAAGUUUGCUAAACCUCCGGGAUUACCCAGAAAUCUUUUGGUUUCUGAUUCACUGUGAAGGAACACGCUUUACGGAGAAGAAACAUCAGAUUAGCAUGCAGGUGGCAGAAUCCAAAGGUUUGCCCAAGCUAAAGUACCAUCUCCUCCCUCGAACAAGAGGCUUUGGGCUCACUGUUCAAUGCCUGAGAGGUGUAGUCCCAGUUGUGUAUGAUGCUACACUCAAUUUCAGAAAUGGUGAAAAUCCAACCUUACUGGGAACUUUACAUGGAAAAAAGUACCAUGCAGAUCUACAUGUUCGACGGAUCCCAAUGGAAGAGAUACCUGAAGAUGAAAUGGAAUGUGCUAACUGGCUCCAUAAACUCUACCAAGAAAAGGAUCUUCUGCAGGAUGAAUAUUUCAAAAAAGGCACUUUCCCAGGCACUCCAAUCAAACCACCAACACGACCGUGGGUCCUUGUUAAUUGGCUGUUUUGGUCUGCAUUGCUGCUGUUCCCUUUAUUUAAGCUGGUUGCCAACUUGAUCAUCAGUGGAUCUUCCCUGACCCUAAUUACUUUUUCCAUAAUCAUCAUUGUGGCCUCUGUUGGUAUGCGAUGGAUGAUCGGAAUGACAGAAAUACAAAAGGGCUCCAGCUACGGUAACAAUGAAAUGAAGCAAAAUAAUUAAUUUCCAUGGAGACUGGUAGUACUUCAAAAUGGAGCUAAAAUAUAUUUUUUGAAGAGAACUUGCGGCAGAUGCUCGGGUUGGAGGACGAUGCAUCUAAAUUACUGUGCUUCUUUUGUGAGCAGAUCACUGUAUGGAACGGUAUCUUAAUCUGCGUAAAAAGGAUAAGAUGAAUUUUAUAUCCUUUAUGAUGUAUGUGAUGCAUGAAACCAUUGACACAGUAAUGAGACAUGGUGAAAUUGGAUGUUGUUGGAGAAUGCCACACUAAUAGUGCUACUAAAAGAUCUGACGUAUUGAGGCUUUUGAUAUUAUGACAUUUCAAUCUAAAUGGAAAUUACCUUUUUUCAAAAAAGUGGUGUAACUGAAGAAUUCAGUCUUUUUCUAAUAACAUAAAAAUGUGCUUCUAACU